CAAUCCCAUCUCAUCUCCAAGUACACAGCUGCUCCCAAUCGGCGCGAGAGACAAGUAAACCAGCAUCGUGGCCAUGCACCAGAUCGAAUCUGGCUCCCAGCGGAAGUUUGGUUUGCCUGCGCAGGUAACCUAUCGCGACUUCAUGUGCAUCUUGGUGACUCUUCGAGCACCGCAUUCCUGACACUCGCCCUCUCUCAUCAUGUCAACCCCCACGGGAAGGUGGAUCGCCAUGGAGAAGCUUAAGUGGACCCCCCAUUGCAAUCCUCACACACUUGAACCAACUCAUCUCACUGUGUGGAAAUCCCCGGCUCGCGUUUCACUUCAAGGAGUACAAAUCGCAAAAUGGCACGGCAAGAAGAGGGGAAAGUGCGCGUUCGCGCCAUCGUAUAACGACAACUCAUCUCCUAUUCAGGGAAGAUGCCGGUCGUUUGGGCAUCUUGCAUGGUACUAGUAAUUCUACAAUACAUAUCGACUUUGUGUCCCAA